GGGGGCAGCUCUGGAGCUGUUGCUGUUGCACGUUUUGUUUCACCGGCCAUGACCUCCCUCUGUAGCUGCUGAGGUUGGAGCCGGUGUGGGGGGUAUUAAAAAGUCAUUGUGGAUUUGCAUUCCAGAUUGACCAGCUGUUAGUUGCACCCAUCAAAGUGGAUGCCAACAACACCCAGACCAGACAGCAACGUGGAUCGCAUUUAUUUUUUCACCCCCCACCUGGACCCUGUGGAUAAAGGAGUACGGAUCAGCAACAGAAGCUCGUGAACAAUGUCAACUCCCACCAGGUUUAAGAAGGAUAAAGAAAUCAUAACUGAAUAUGAAACACAAGUGAAAGAAAUCCGUGUUCAAUUAGUUGAGCAGCUAAAAUGUCUGGAGCAGCAGACUGAGAUGCGGGUUCAGCUUCUCCAGGAUCUCCAGGAUUUCUUCCGCAAGAAGUCGGAAAUCGAAAUGGAAUAUUCCCGCAACCUGGAGAAGCUGGCUGAGAGAUUCAUGGCAAAAACUCGCAGCACAAAAGACCAUCAACAGUACAAGAAAGACCAGAAUCUUCUAUCGCCAGUUAACUGCUGGUACCUGCUACUAAACCAGGUCAGAAGAGAGAGUAAAGACCAUGCAACUUUGAGCGACAUCUACCUGAACAAUGUUAUCAUGCGUUUCAUGCAGAUCAGUGAGGAUUCAACACGACUUUUCAAAAAGAGCAAGGAGAUUGGAUUCCAGCUGCAUGAGGAUUUAAUGAAAGUUCUUAACGAAUUAUAUACGGUCAUGAAGACAUACCACAUGUAUCAUGCGGAGAGUAUCAGUGCAGAGAGCAAACUGAAAGAAGCUGAGAAACAGGAAGAGAAACAAAUCGGAAAAGACCCAGUUUUCAAUAUUCGAUUAGAGGAAAAACACCAGAGGCGUAGCUCAGUGAAAAAGAUUGAGAAAAUGAAGGAGAAGCGACAAGCCAAGUACUCCGAAAAUAAACUGAAGUCCAUCAAGGCACGAAAUGAAUACCUGUUGACACUGGAGGCGAGCAAUAAUUCCGUUUUCAAGUAUUACGUUCAUGACCUUUCCGAUAUAAUUGAUUGUUGUGAUCUUGGAUAUCACGCUAGCCUAAACAGAGCCUUGAGAACAUUUCUGUCUGCAGAAUACAACCUGGAGACUUCCAGACAUGAAGGCCUAGAUAUCAUAGAAAAUGCUGUUGAUAACUUGGAUCCUCGAAAUGACAAGCAGCGAUUUAUGGAGAUGUAUAACACAGCUUUCUGCCCACCAAUUAAAUUUGAAUUUCAGUCUCACAUGGGUGAUGAGGUGUGUCAGGUUAGUGCUCAGCAGCCAGUGCAGGCUGAACUGAUGUUGAGGUAUCAGCAGUUACAGUCCAGACUGACUACCCUGAAGAUUGAAAAUGAGGAGGUUAAAAAGACCAUGGAAGCCACACUCCAGACGAUACAAGACAUGGUAACCAUUGAAGACUAUGACGUUUCAGAGUGUUUCCAGCACAGCCGAUCAACAGAGUCUGUAAAAUCCACGGUUUCCGAAACGUACCUGAGUAAGCCUAGUAUUGCUAAAAGAAGAGCCAAUCAGCAAGAGACGGAACAGUUCUAUUUCAUGAAAUUUAAAGAAUACCUUGAGGGCAGCAACCUCAUCAUGAAGUUACAAGCAAAGCACGACUUACUGCACCGGACCCUUGGAGAAGGUCAGAAAAGCAACUUCAUGACCACCAGCAGAGGACGAAGAAAUUCUCACGCAAGAAACCAGGACUCUGGACAAGCCAUUCCUCUUAUCGUAGAAAGUUGUAUUCGAUUUAUCAACCUUUAUGGUCUCCAGCAUCAAGGGAUCUUCCGAGUUUCUGGGUCACAAGUUGAAGUCAAUGAUAUUAAAAAUGCAUUUGAGAGAGGUCAAGAUCCUUUGGCAGAUGAUCAGGACAAUCAUGACAUUAACUCCGUUGCGGGAGUUCUGAAGCUAUACUUCAGAGGACUGGAAAAUUCGCUCUUUCCUAAGGAAAGAUUUAAUGAACUUCUGUCUUGUGUCAGAAUAGAUAAUCUGUACGAGAGAGCUCUUCAUCUCCGCAAAAUCCUACUGACUUCAAAGUCUGUGAUUAUUGUAAUGAGAUACCUCUUUGCCUUUUUAAACCACUUGUCUCAGUACAGUGAUGAAAACAUGAUGGAUCCUUACAAUUUGGCAAUAUGCUUCGGUCCAACGUUGAUGCCUGUCCCUGAUAUACUAGAUCAAGUCUCAUGUCAGGCUCAUGUAAAUGAGUUAAUUAAAACCAUCAUCAUUCAUCAUGAGCUAAUUUUCCCAGAUGUAAAAGAGUUGGAUGGUCCUGUGUACGAAAAGUGCAUGGCUAGCGAUGACUAUUGUGAUAGCCCCUACAGUGAGCAUGGAACAUUGGAGGAAGUAGAUGUGGAUCCUGGCACUGAAACUCACACAAGUGAAGAUGAAUGUGAACCCAUAGAAGCUAUCGCCAGAUUUGAUUAUGUAGGAAGAACUGCUCGAGAAUUGUCAUUUAAGAAAGGAGCUUCUCUACUUCUCUAUCACAGAGCCUCUGAAGAUUGGUGGGAGGGAAGGCACAAUGGAAUAGAUGGGUUGGUGCCCCAUCAGUACAUAGUUGUGCAGGAUACGGAUGAUACAUUCUCUGAUACUCUGAGCCAAAAAGCUGACAGUGAAGCUAGCAGUGGGCCAGCAACUGAAGACAGAUCCUCCUCCAAGAAUGAUGUCAAUUCCCCAACUGAGCGGAUUCCAGAUGUAUUUGCAGCUAGGCAGAAGAGGAGACCAGAUAUCCCAAUAACAAGGCGUGCAAUAAGAACCAGCGAUGGUCACUGUGCAGUGCACCCUGGCCAUGGAUUGGUGGAUCUCGGCCCACUGAGCACACCUAUCCACUGCAGCUCACGUGUUCUACUCCAGAACCGCAGCAUUAGCAUCGACAGUCCAGAGAGACGGCGCCGAGGUGGCCUGGGCAGCCUCUCCAACGUAAGCCGUCAUGAGUCUGUGCGCAAGAUUGAGAGCCCACCAAUACGAAGGUCUGCAUCUUCCGGACAAUACAUCAGUCUCAGUGAGCAUAAACCACUGGAUCCGGAAACCAUUGCCCAGGAUAUUGAAGAAACCAUGAACACUGCGUUAAAUGAGCUUCGUGAACUGGAGCGCCAGAGCACUGCAAAACAUGCACCUGAUGUGGUACUGGACACCCUUGAGCAAAUGAAAAACUCCCCAAUCUCUCUUCCAUCCUCUGAACCAAAAAGCCCCCAUCAUGCUGUGGUGCUGAAGAGCAUCGAUCCUUCCAUUCGGCGGAGUACCAGUUCCUCCAGUGACACCAUGAGUACCUUCAAACCAAUUCUGUCGCCUAGAAUGGGUGUACAGCUUAAACCCCCUGCCCUUAGGCCUAAACCUAUAGUUCUUCCCAAGACCAAUCCUGGUCUGGGACCACCUCCAGCUAGCCAGAGCUCUACAGACAAAUCCUGCACAAUGUAAAGUUUAAGUCACAAUGUGACUACAUUGAAAUAAUUCAGGAUUAAAGUCGGUGGCAAACAUCUUAAAAGAAUAUUGAUAUUAUAUGUUUAUAAUUGGAGAUGUAUUCUUUCAGUGUUAGAAUAUAUGUCUCGAAGUAGUAAAUUAACAAGGGCAUUUAUUUACAUUUCAAACUGGACUGUUUAUAUGUGCAACUUACAUCGACAUUAACUAGACUUGAAAACUUAUGCUGCAAUGGUAGACUUUUCUUUAAAAGAAACAGCNAAAAAAAACACCAAGACUUUCCCACCUUGUCUCCAGGAACAUUCAUUUAAGCAGGAAGGGGAAAUGAUGAAAUUCCCCCCUCUGGGAAAAUUUGGAGAAAAGCAUUUGUCGAUUUUGCAAGACGUAACGAACACCAGCCUUAAUGGUGGCUAAAUGCUUUGCCUUUUAAUUAUUAUUUUUCUCAUUUAACAUUCCUUAGGCCUUAUCGCCAGUUUUGCAUUACGAAAACCAUAGCUUUAGAAUGAACGAUUGCAUCAAAGAGAACCACUUUUUAAAGUUGCUGCUUCUAUUUUCGUCCCGUUAACAAAAGUCCUGCUCCUGCCUCCCCCACCCAACCCCAUCCCUUUUCAAUUACUUCAGUCUCACAAAGCUAAGCUGUCAAUCUCUAGGAUAUUGGCACAGAUAAAUAUUGUACAUUCGCUUAUUUAGAGCUAGGAGCACCUUUUCUGAAUUGCUUACUGAGCAGUUCUCCUGAUCAUGCUUUCUAAAUUGUUGUGCUGGCAUUCACACGUCACUCAACUGUGACUGACGUGUGAAUACCAGCAACCCACUGGAGAACAGUGAACUAAUUCAUUUUUUUUCUGGGUGUAAAGUUUUAUUUCUUUUUUGCCUUUCAUAUUCCCCAAUCAAAGGUGUUUUACUUUUGUCUUCCUACACUAAAUGUCAUUUCCAUUUGCUGGAAAGCAACCUGUGACAAUUCCCCUGGUCCACAUGACACGUGUUCCGGGGCAGUGGCUCCUCGCUAUUGUGUGAUGUACAUGAAGGAGAAUGGUAGCCUCCAGUUUCCAUCUCUGCAUCAGAGGAUGACACGCCCAAGAAAGUUUGAGAUAUUGUGCGAGAAAUUGUUGGCUCAUUUGUUUCCUAACGAAUCCGGCUACUUUCUCCUUGUAAGCCCUCCAAGUGAAAACUUUCAGUCAUGGUCUUUCUCCUGCAAUACCAGGGAACCCCUUUACAGUGCUCUUCAAUAUAGUGCUGCCUCACUCACACCUUUUGGUAGUGUAACAAAAUAAAACCACAACUUCCAGCUAAAGAUACGCUUACCAGCCACUGGAGAGAUUCAGCACUGUUACUAAACAACAGAGCGUAGGAUCCCAGGUAGCAUUAAAAAACAUUCUGAUGAACUGUUAACUCACUUCCUCCAGUCAUUAUAGCUGCGACUUUGCCACUAAAAUAGAUUUUAGGGCACUUUAAUGCUCAUCAUCUCUCAAAAAGGACCUCCCACUUACUAACAUGCACUGUUACUGGAAUUGCGGUUAACAAUGGUUUGUGGAGUUGGAACAAAUGAUUCCUCUUUUGGUCUUGCUAGUUUAUACUCCUCAGGUUUGUUGCUUUCCUCCCUUAGGACCAGGGAGGACCAGCCUUUCAGCAUUUUGUGAUGUUCUGGGAUUUACUGGGGCUCCUCUGACUGCUUUUUGUAAAUGGUUCUAUUAUUUGCUUAGUCACAAAUUGUCCUCUUUGGUUUACAUUGUAAUUAUUUUGUUAAUGUUUUAACCACUCUUUCCUUUAUGCAAAGGCACUGGUGCGUUCCUCCAGUCCGAAAUGCUGACCUCAUUCCAAUACCUUCAGUAGUCAACAAAGAGCUACCUAGGAAGAGGUGUGUGGAGAGAACGUGAAUAGUUUCAAUCAUCUCCAAUCUCUCAGUAUUUUUACCGUAACUAUUGGAAACCCCAGCAAACCAACGCCCAAUAUGUAACUUAAAGUAAGGACAAGGUCGUUGAUUUCUGUUCACAUUCUCUUAAAGGGACAGUCAUUCCAGUGACCUUUUCGGAUUUUGUUUUAAAUUGGAAUAAUGAUUAGGCCUACGGCAAGUGAGGAUGCUCGUUUAAAGAGUGAUAGCGAUAGACUUCAAGUUUCAAUAACAUUUUCAGCCCCCCAUAAGAAGUAUAUUUGUCAAUAGUAUAUAAAGCAAAUGGUUACCCUAUUUAUUCAGGUUGGACCACUUCACCUGUUAGGAUUUUUGACUCACAGGGUUCAGGACAUAUCUACACCUGCAAAUCUGCCUUGGAUUACUGUGGACUUUCCAGGCUUUGACAGGCUUCUCCAGAAACGUCCUCACUGCCCCUCCCCACUUACAGAACUAUUGUUAAGAAAACGUAUGAUGUUCUGUUCUUUCUCCUCCCCCUACCUUCACCACCGAGAUGAAACUUUCCUUUCUUGUGGAUCUUGCACAACACCUGCCCAGCACCUAGUGCUACAGCUGGGAGUGCUGCCCUUUUGUGACAAAUGCAAUGUUGCUGUGCAACUUGCUUGGGAUUAAACUGUCCCUUUCAGCAACAAAUAUGGUCGCAGUUGUAAUGAAUAUAACACACUUUUAUUAUAAGUGCCUGGCCUACGCUCUGUACCUUUCUGCAACAACACGGCUGGGCCUGGGAGUUCAGUAACAUGGAGGUUCAAUUGUGUAUCUUUUUGUGGCAAAGCAAUCAGUCAGAAAUUUAGUAUGUUUGUGACUAUCAAGAAAAUCUCUGCUUUUUGUGGGACUCCUAAAUAUCUGACUCCCAGAUUGUUUAAGAUCAUAACUAUCAUCCGAUGAAGGGCCAUUUUCUUUAGUGUCCUGCAAACCAUGCUUCAUCCUCAGCUGAAUGUUUAGAGGUAUCCCAGCCUCUCUCAGUGUCACUCUGCAACAAGCUGCCAGGAUACGUAUGAAUCUCCUUGGGCAACUCAAAUGUUAGCUCACUUUCUCCCAAUGGAGAGACACUGAGCAUCUGCUCUACACCUCCUCCUGACCAUAUGGAGUCUGGGAGUUUGCCAAUUGGAGAACCAUAAUCCUAACUUGUUUCCUACCACUGCAUUGGUACAUCAAUCCACUGUUGCACAAGGCUGUCCACCCAAUAUCAUCAUUUUAAUGAAUGAAUCUCAGAGUUAGAAAUGUUCUGUUGUAAAAGCUGCUUAUACAUCCAAUACUGUACUUAGUUCAGGAAUAUACUUAAAAACAUUUUUAAAUUAUGAUACACAAUCAUUUUGAUCUGCCAUUGACUUAACUGAUGUGUUUAGUAUUUUUGAAACAUUUUAUAGUUUCCACAUUGUGAAACCUUUGGACGAAGGCAGUCGUACUUUAAGGAAAACGUAGCAUAGACUGGAGUUAAAUUAAGUUUAAAAUCAAACGUGUAUAUCAGCCAAAAUGGAUGCUGCAACUAUGUAUUGCACCGAAAUUUGCAUAUUCAACUAAGAAUUAUACUGGACUGCAAAAUGCUUUUAGUACGUCUAUUUAGCAUAAACAUAUAGUAGAACUGAUAAAUGUAAUGAAUGUGUCUGGGUGCAUUCACAGAAAAGUAAUAUGUAGUCCAAGGCAAGGCUUCUUUAAACUGCAAUUAAAGUGGAUUUGUAACAGAAGACUGAAACAGGUACAGACAUACUGAAUGGUAACUACCAUCUUUCUAACCAAUUCCGUGCCCUUUAUUGUCAUUCUGAUCAGUUCUAGCUAGUUUUCUGUUUGUGGGCUGUUACCCGAUUGUGUCUGUGUACAUCUGUAGUAUGUACAUGUGAAAGUGCCUUUAAACUUUUAGAGGAACUUUAGUCUUGCUCUGCACUGUUGCAUUUCCAUCUUCACUUGACUCACUAGGUUUAAAACAAAUGCAGUUCUUGACUAUGUACUGUUAAUCAUUUGUGACGAUGCACUUUUUGUGUAUAGUACUGUACAUCUGGCAUGUAGCAUUACCAAUUUCAGUAUAUCUUCAGGUUUGUUCUAGAUGUAUCUUUCUAAUAAAGGAAAUUGGUCCAGCUUA